AUGAAGUUCUUUAUUUCGACUUGUGCCGCAUUACUGGGUGGCUGUGCGCUUUCCUCGGCAUUCCCCACAGUUUCCAAUGUCGCGCUUCUCGCCAGAGCGGGUGGAUUUGAUAUCCCAGAGGACUUGACGUUCGAAGACAUUAUCCGUCAAGUACAACAUCAACGAGAGAAAAGGCUCCUUAUCAACGCUUUGGAUACACCCAUCCAAGUCGAUGGCAAGUAUCAGUGGAAGGCACCAACGUCGAGCGCACAACGAGGGCCAUGUCCCGGACUCAAUGCAUUAGCUAACCAUGGCUAUAUCGAUCGCUCUGGAGUUGCAAAGUUUCCCGACGUCAUCGGUGUCAUCAAUGAAGUAUACGGAAUGGACGUUGGGCUAUCCACAAUUCUGGCCGUAAUGGGCACUGUCUGGACCGGCAACCCGAUAUCCUUGAGUCCAGGUUUCUCUAUUGACCAAUCGUCCCCCCAAGCCCAGAAUCUUCUCGGAAACCUGCUGGGGCUCCUUGGUGAACCACGAGGCAUUGGGAGGUCGCACAACUGGAUCGAGGCAGAUGCUUCACUCACUCGCGAUGAUCUUUAUGUCACUGGUGAUGCUUCCACGAUGGACAUGAGCCGCUUUCUUCAGCUUUAUAACCGUGCUGGCGAGGGCACCGAUGUCAUUUCGGAAGAUGAUGUGCUCCGUCAUGGGGUUGAUAUGCUCAACGAAUGCAUUGCCACCAACCCGUACUGUUGGUAUGGACCCUAUACUGGCGCCAUUGCCCGUAAUGCUGGAAUUGCAUUUACCCUUCGUUUGUUGGCGAAUCAUUCAGCAGAGAACCCGCAGGGGAUCAUGACUAAGGAGGUAUUCAAGUCUUUCUGGGGCGUGGUCGACAACAGCGAUGGCUCGCUCCAGUACAAACGAGGAUGGGAACGCAUCCCAAACAACUGGUACAAAACCCCAGUCGACUAUGGCCUGGUGCAGCUCAACUUGGACUUGGUGAAAUGGUUCGUCCAGUAUCCCCAACUGGCGUCGAUUGGAGGCAACACGGGCACCGUCAACUCCUUCACACUAUUGGACAUCAGAGAUCUGUCAGGCGGCCUUCUGAAUGCAGCGACGUUGCUGGAAGGCAAUAAUCUGCUUUGUUUCGCCUUCCAGAUCGUCAACACUGUCUCACCGGACUCUCUGUCCCCGCUCUAUUCAGCCUUGGCGGUUCCCUUGAAAUUACUUACGGAGGCCUUGGGCUCGGCACUUGAUCCUCUGACGUGUCCACCACUCGGGGAUCUCACAUAUGAGGGUCAGCCGAUCUGGGAGUCAUUGCAAAACGCAUUUGCUGGCGCUGGACGUGCUGGUUCGCCGUUGUGA